AUGUCAAUAUUGGGCAGCCACCAUCUUGGAUUUUUUCCAAAGGGGUUAGCCUAUGACUUUUGGUCAAAAUUUCAAAUUUCUUUAAAGGUUGUGUAUUGUCAAAUUGGACCAGGAAAUGAUGUUUGGUGAUGUUCUACAGAGGUGAGAAGGUUAUCUUGACCAUAUUUGGAGAUGUCCAAUUUCGGAACCCGCCAGCUUUGACUUUUUGGUUCUUUUUUGAUGCCUUUCGAACAUAAAAAUAUGCAUCUGUUCAAAAAUUCUACUCUUCAGUUUUUUUACCCAAAUAAAAAACUAAUACAAUCAAAUCGUAGACAAUACAUAAAUGCGUGCCUGAAAAAAAAAAUUAGAAACUACAGUUAAAAGAAAUACAAGAUACAGCCAUUUAAAGUAAGGCAUAAAUCCAAGUCAAAGGCUAAUUUCCAAAAAUUUUUAAAUGCUUAAAAAAAUUUUUUUAGAUCUACUCUCCCCAUAAUUGUAGGGUGAAGAGCAACAAUCUGACACCCAUUAGAAUAAUUUCCCUGGCAAAACAAAAAACCUCCAAGACAUUAAAAAACAAAGGUAGGGAAAUCACCGAAAAGUGCAGGGAAAUCAUCGACAGGUAGCGAAAUCACUGAAAAAUGUAGGGAAAUCACCGAAGAUCCUCACCCUUCCCCUUCCCCUCACCCUUUGUGUUACCCUUACCCUCGUUUUAGCAACGCCAAAGAGAAGAUGGGGGCAAUUAUGAACCGUCUCGCCUCAGAGGGCUUAUAACGAGCUUCAAUUGUCACAUGAAAAAUGUGAAGUAUUCAAAGAGCAUCAUCGAAGAUUGAGAGUUUGAGCAAACAAGGAGGUAGAUGCUUGUUGCAAACACCUUAAUAAAAAGAAGGCAGGAGAAACAGAAUUUGAAGCCGAGGCUAUUAGCAAUGAGGAAGAAAGUGUUCUUAUUUAGAGUAACAUACUUGGAAUCUUGAGUGCUGAGGCUUUAAUCAACACGGUCUGGCUGAUGAAUUCAACCCAUUUUGGAUUGAGAGGCUGUGAUAAACAUCGUCAAAUGUGCUGAUCAGAUGUGAAACUUCUGAACGAUGCCUAUAGACUGAAUAUUUAGAACAUUGUGUGUCAAACCAAAACAAGAAGUGGUGAAGAGCCUAAUUAGCCAAGUUAAACCUAAAGCUUUUGCUAGGCCAGACGGCCCACCCGAAAAAGACCCAGCUUUUGUCUACAAAUUCUACUCUGAGAAAAGACCCAGCUCAAUGCAGAGAGUCGAAGUACCGUACUACCUUGGCAUAAAUCACAGCAAAGACUCAGUAAAUGCUGGUUCAAUGGGAGUCAAUAAACUUACGUUGUUAAUGAAAACAAUGACAGGAAAAGCUAGCUUCGAGUGACAACUAACCAACCAUAGCAUGCAAAAGUGAAUGAUGCAAAAACUGAACAAUAAAAAUGUCCCUCCAACACACAUCAUGCAGCUCCCUGGUCAACGAAAUUUGCAGUGUUAACAGUUACAGCAGUUUGUCAAUAUAGUGGCAGAAAAACAUGUCAUUGCAGCCUAGUCCCUAGGCGUUCUCUCUUGACCCAUUGUCUGCUCGAAGUCUGGGAAAGAGCGGGCGAGAGAACGCCUAGCCAAUAUUGGCAAAAUAUCCCUGAUUUUAGCGCAGUUUUACCCCUGGUCACAUUUCAGGAGUUUGUAGAGCUCCAUUUUGGAAAACCUGCCCGGCAAUAGUAUGGAUGUGUCUGUUGCAGUGUCUGCUUUGAAUGAUAAGUUCUAACUUUGUAGCAUAUUAUUUUUUCUGGUUAACAUUUUGUUCGUCGUGGUGGAUUGUUUACGGUCAAAGAUUCUCCUAGUCUACAACUCAAGCUAAAAUUCUCCUCGACUGCAAAUUUUCUUUAAACACUUACAUAUACAUUUUUUUCGACUCAGAGUGGGAGUAUGAUAGCGGGGAAAGUGAUUUAGAGCUUAUUAGUCAUCCACUGUGCGGCCACCCGAAAGGUAAAUUCAAUUUCUGUUUUUCUACAAGUGAUUGUAUUUUCAUUUUACAUACUCGAAAGUAUCUCGAUGUGGUUUUAUUGAGCAACAUUUUAUAAUUUUCAGGAAGUUCCCCUCCUCGAAAACUUGUUUGUCCUGUCAGAACACCAAAGAAGCUGAAGAAGGCAUCGAUGAAGCUACAAUCGGUGACAAAAUUGUUGAGACAUUGUACUUAAAUCGGGUGACUUCGGAGAACAAACCAAUCCGCACCCUCCCCUGUCCCCUCCAUUCAAAGUUGGGGUGUUUGUUGUUUUCUAUAGGUAGCUAGAACAAGGGCACAACAUUGUACGGAGGGGAUGGGGGAGGAAAGCUAUAUUUCCUCCUUUUGAAGUUCAUAAAAUGUAAAAAAGCCUAAUUUUGGGCGAAGUGUCUCAACUCAUUUUGUCGCCGAUUGUCUGAAUCGAAAUCUACGCGCUGUUGUCCUAUUAGCACAGAUUAGGAGACGGUAACUAGUUGAGAUUACCAUAUUCACCAGGUCGUUUUUCAGAAGAUAGAUAAGAUACCCAUAUAAUCACUUUCCUGUGUUUUUCGAGGGAAAAUUAGUUUUGACAAUCUUUCUACUCGGUAGUGAUUUCAAGUAAUUAUGCAGCAUACACACGUACCGAAUGAUUGAUUUUCCUCUGGUAACUAAGUGUGAUCGGUAGGAAUCGAUGGCAGAUAAUAUAUUGUAUUUGAAUAUAUCUGUAGUAAGUUCGAAGUAUUUAUUCGAAGUUUGGCUAUUUGAUAAGGGUGGGAUGGACAAUAAAAUAGCCAUGAUUGCUCUGCGCAGGAGAAUUUUCAGGAAAAAUGUUCCAACUUCUAAUGCACAGCAAAGCUGCACAGCAUCGCUAAAUCUGUGCAGCAAAUUCGUUGCCUAAAUACCCAUGAGAGUCUUUGAAGAAUGUACUUUACAGUAGAAACUAUGAGGUCAGGAGGAGACUGGCCACGAGUAACCACGAGUAACCAACUUUGUUCUUAAAAGAUAAUUAGAUUAAAUUUUUUUUUACUCAUAGUGGUUACUCGUGGUUCCUCGUGGAAAUUCCUCCUGAAGAGCAAUUUUAGCCAUUAUAACUACUUCAAUGCCUAGAAAUCUAUUAUGUUUUCUAUCCUUUUCACUUUGUUCUUUGUUUCCAUGCGUUUCGAUAAAGGAGAGAAUAAGGAAUCGUGCCCGACACGCCACAUCGCACGAUGUCAAGGCACCGUUAAGCGUGACACGAAAUGUCACGCACUGAAAAUAACGAAAUCGCCUUAUUCUAAAGGUUAAAGGAAAUAGAAUGCACACAAGAUUGGUGAGGAACAAUUCUGUUUAUUUGUCAAAGAAAGAUUCAUUGACCGUAGUAAACCAGUUACAGAUCCACUUAAGAAGAACAAUCUCCCUACAUUUAGUACUCCAACUAAGAAGGCUGUAUCGAAAGACCAGGCAAAAGUCAAACUGUUGAAAGAGGACUGUUCCUUAUUUGGACGGCUGCUUGUCAAACCCGUGACGGAAACCUGGAUGAGUUUUUUUCGUAUGAAAAUCAACCUUGGCCACCAUCCCUUUCAGACCAGGGACAGCUGCAAGGAGGACAAAAAGCCAACUUGCUGAAGUGCCUGCCACAAGCAACCUCGCCAGUAUCGACACCUUCAGUAGAUGCCGUAAUUCUCGAUGGAGCGGUUAUUGUUCAAAUGCUGGAGCCAAAAACAUCAUGCACCUUCUGCGAAUACUUCAGUAUAGUAUUUGCUCCAUAUGUCCUCAAGCAACUGGAGAAUGCCAAGCGUGUUAACCUUGUGUGGGAUGUCUAUCUAGAUGAUUCAUUAAAGAAAUCACUGCGAGACAAGCAAGGUGCAGGACAACGUCACAAAGUAAUGGGAUCUACAAGAAUUCCAAGCGACUGGAAAGGUUUCCUGAGAGUCGAUGGCAGCAAGGAAGAGCUAUUCAAGCUGCUUGCAGACAAGGCAUGUAUAGAUUUAAGAUGUUUGCCUGCUUUGUCAAUACUUAUCAUAGCAAUAGAUCAACAGGAUAUGUUCACUAGAAUACAUUAG